CUGAAAUUAUUGGAUUAGAUAUAUCUCCAUACCAACCAACUCAUAUAAAACCUAAAAAUUUUGAAUUCGUUAAAGCAGAUGCUCAAGAAGGAUUGCCAUUUGACGAUGACACGUUUGAUUUUGUAUUUCAACGAUUUUUACUUAUUGGAUAUGCUAAAGAAAAGUGGCCAUAUGUAAUAAAUGAAAUUGUUAGAGUUUUAAAACCAGGCGGAUUCUUAGAAUUAUCUGAACCUUCCAAAGUUAUUGAUGGAGGACCAGCUACUCAACGUUUAUGGGAUUGUGAGGUUGAAGUAUUAGAAGAAAGAGGCGGUGAUUACGAUAUAACUCUAAAAAUGGAGAAAUAUUUACAAAAUCAAGGGAAAGUGGAAAAUAUUCAAAAAGUUGUGAAAAAAUGCUAUUAUGGUUUACAACACACUGACAAUGUUAAACUUAGUAAAGCGUUUGUCGGUAAUGUAAUUUCCGCAUAUGCUUCUCUUAAACAUGUUUUAUCAAAAAAAUUGCAAGUUUCUGAUGAAGAAUAUGAUGAGUUGUCUAAAACCUCCGAAAAAGAACUAUAUGAACUUGAUACUUAUGUUAAUCUUAUUCGUUUUUAUGCAAACAAAGUUAUUGAUAAGGAAUAA